UUUAAGCUGCGCAGCAGUGGCAGGGACACACCACAUACACAACACAUGCAGUUACUCUACUGAACUAGCUGUACCAGAGCUACACUAUGGCGCUGUGAAGAAGGAGCGAGCUCCACUCCACCAUGCAAUCCACCACGAACUUCAAUGGGCUCCAGCGACAGGGCAGCCAGGACAGUUACAUUAUGGAGGUCUCUCCGCGGAAGAAGGGUCAUCUAUGGUAUCGGGGCUCUCUGAGGGGACGCCAUGACAAACCCAGUCAGAAUGGGGGGACUACUCCCGGGACUCUGCCAAGAGGCUGGAAACAGUCCAACAGAACCCGCUCAAACUCCUUGGUGGAUUACUCGGACCCUCAGAGGACUACUGUCAUAAUGCAAAAGCAAGACAAUGAGACAUUUGGAUUUGAAAUUCAGACAUAUGGUGUGCAGCUGAAGAACAGCACUGCGGUGGAGAUGUGCACAUUUGUGUGCAAGGUGCAGGACGAUAGCUCGGCUGAGAGUGCAGGCCUGACCACCGGUGACGUUAUCGUCACCAUCAAUGGGGUCAGCAUUGAGGGGUCGACCCAUCAGCACAUCGUUGACCUGAUUCGAGAAUCCACCAACUUUUUACAGAUGGAGACGGUGUGUGGGACGGUGGUGAAGAGGAUUGAACUGGAGAAGAAGAUGAGCUUGCUCAAGCAUACCCUGGGAGAGAAAUGGGUGGAGUUGCAAGCACUCACAUUACAGGAAAAACGCCUUACGCAAGGUAACCUGAAUGACAAUUCUCUACACCCCUCUAUGGACUCCCUGAUGUCUCUACUGUCGCCGUCUGGACACAGUGACCACUGUGGCCACCGUUUCUCCAGUGACAGUAGCUGCCGGAGUGGGAUGACAGAGGACAGUGACCUGGCCAGUGUGUUUGGGGAUCUGAGCUCUCCCAGCCCCUGCAAUGUGGCCAGUCCAGAUGAUAGCUGCUUCUUCUCCACAGACUUCCCCCAGGAAAUGCCCAGGGCCCUGGCCAGCCUCAGCCGUCCCCGUAGCGAUAGCCUGGCUGGCAGCAGUGGCUCCCUCUCCUCCUCUUCUUGGGACCCCUCCAGAGCUUCCUCCCUGUUCGGGACACUCCCCAGGAAGGCUAGGAGAGCCAGUGUCCGCAAACACAUCCUGAAGUUCAUCCCUGGAUUCAACCACUCAGUGGAGGAGGAGGACACCUGACCUAUGAACGAACACCACAGUAGGUCUGUGUCUGAUGUUCAAUACAAACAUUUCCUGCUGGAGACUGAAGCAUUGCCAAUAUGGACACUGUGCCCCUGGCUCAGGAGUAGCCACUCAGUGAACAUUAUUGGGAUAAAGAGAAAUAUCCCUUUGACAAAGGCCUUCAGUUAUCUAUAGAUACUGUAUACGUGAUGCACAAUUUUCAUAAUGAGAAAACAGCAUUAAUCCUUAACGGUAACAAUUAUUUGGAAUAUAGAACACAGGAACUCAGUUCAUGUGUGUGCAGACUGUGCUUGCCAUUUCCAAAAAUGUUACCAUUGUAUGUAGGGUGACAACUAUGCAUGAAAAGCCAUGAUUUUCCUCAAUUCAAUAUUUUGCUUGUAUAUAACUUGAGAAGUGUUAUGCUUUGCAUAUUUGAUGGAUGCAAUGAAAUAAUUUAGCAGCAGGUCUGUCAGGUUUGUCAAAAGUGAGUUCUUAACCAGGUAGCUAACUUCAUAGUUCAAAACAGGAUGUGGGCAGAGAAGGAGCUACUUUCUAGACUAUUUUUGUACCCAUACCCACGUUUCAGGUUAUCUACAACUUACUUUCAGUCUUGAUAGUUAUACUACAAAUAAGAACUGUCUUCCCUCUAAUUCAUGGCAUUCUAACAGAGUGCCAUGGAAUGAUACUCGACUGUUUUGAAUGUAUGCUUGAUGUGUGCCAUUUGCUGCUUUCAUUAAGAUUCAAAAGACAUGUUUAAAAUUCCCUGAAGACAAUUGACUAUAAUUUUACACAAAUAAAGUGUAUAGUGACAGUUUAGGAACCAACUAUUUACAUAUUCUCUCUCAUACUGCCUUCUAUUAUUUAAGUACAUUUGUGAGUGAAAAAAAUAACUGAUUAACAUCCACUAGAUGGCAUUGCAAGCAUUAAAUGCUUAGGACUUGGAAUUAUAUCAGAACACACAGUACAAUGCCACACUGUAAAAGGAGAAUGAGGUUCACAAUAUCUUGCCAAAUGUGAUGCCAGUGGGGUUCGAAGUGGGGAGGCAGGUAUCCUGGUGGUUAAGAGCCAAAAGGUUUCUGGUUCGAAUUCCCAAGCUGACUAGGUGAAACAUCUCAUUGUGCCCUUGAGCAAGGCAUUGAACCCCAUUUGCUCCUGUAAAUUGCUGUUGAUAAGUGUGUCUGUGAAAUACAAGUAGGACUGUUAAAAGGAAAUGUACAUAUACUGUUGACCUACACCAGAAGAUUGGAAUCCCAAAGCACUCCAUGCUUAUUCUUCCAGAUCAGGGUAGACCAGAUUAACCCCUCAAUAAAAACAUGGUGUUCUGUUUCUCUAUGACC